CUGUUUCAGGUGAUUGUGGGAAGUAUCUUUGAAGUAGUCUGGGCUGCCAUCAAACCAGGAACCUCCUUUGGAAUCAGUGUGCUGCGGGCUCUCCGACUACUGAGGAUUUUCAAAGUCACAAAGUAUUGGAACUCCCUGAGGAACCUGGUGGUGUCCCUCCUCAAUUCCAUGAAGUCCAUCAUCAGCCUCCUCUUCCUGCUUUUCCUCUUCAUUGUGGUCUUCGCUCUGUUGGGGAUGCAGCUGUUUGGGGGACAGUUCAACUUUCAAGAUGAGACCCCGACCACCAAUUUUGAUACCUUCCCUGCUGCCAUCCUCACUGUCUUUCAGAUCCUGACAGGGGAGGACUGGAAUGCAGUAAUGUAUCAUGGGAUUGAGUCACAAGGUGGAGUCAGCAAAGGCAUGUUUUCUUCCUUUUACUUCAUCGUCUUGACAUUGUUUGGAAACUACACCCUGCUGAAUGUUUUCCUUGCCAUUGCUGUGGACAACCUUGCCAAUGCCCAGGAAUUGACCAAGGUAUGUAGAAACACUGCCUGUAGCCUAGAAGGUGCUAGAAG